AUGGGCGGCGGUUGCAAGAUUAGUAUGCUGUGGAACUGGUACACCGUCGACUCGUGCUUCCUCUCGCGCUCCUGGCACGUCACCAGCAAAGGCAUGUUCGCGGGCUCCUGCAUCGGCGUCAUCCUCCUUGUCAUCUGUCUUGAGUUCCUCCGCCGCGCCGGAAAGGAGUACGACCGCCAUCUCCUCGCGCAACAUAAUGGCUCGUCCGUUGGCCAAGUGUCUUCAACUUCGUCCUUGACCACGCCCGAUGGUAAAGGUGCAGGAAGCUCGGCACAGGGGGCAUGCCCCACUGUCGCUGUAGCGAACCAGACAUUCCGCCCCAACGUCUUGCAGCAGGCUAUCAGGGCGCUGCUGCAUAUGUUGCAAUUCGCUGUUGCAUACUUCAUCAUGCUGCUGGCCAUGUACUACAACGGCUACAUCAUCAUCUGCAUCUUCAUUGGCGCGUACAUUGGCUACUUCAUCUUCGGGUGGGAGACGAUGAACGUGCGGCUGGGUGGACGGGACAGGUUGCAGGAAGAGGUGACGGUUUGCUGUGGGUGA